GAAGCGAAGCUCCCUCAAGGAUGCAUGGUUCGUAUUCGACUUGCUUCUGGUCUUGCUCACCAUCGGCGAAGUGUGGAUUCUUACCUUUAUCCUGGCCGUUACAGGGCAGAAGGCAUCCAUGAUACAAGGCACAGGCCUUCUGCGGAUGCUGAGGUUGGUGAGGGUUCUUCGCCUCACGAGGAUGACCAAGUUGCUGCGGGCAUGCCCCGAGCUGAUGAUCGUGCUGAAGGGCCUGGCCUAUGCUACGCGCUCCGUGAGUGUGUUCUUCGGUGUCUGGAUGAUCCUCAUCUACUUCUGCAGCGUCAUGUUCAGGCUCUUUGCGGAUGGAAGUGAGAUUGGUGCUGCUGCGUACUUUGAUUCCGUGCUGUCAGUCAUGAAUACUCUCUUCCUGCGAGGUAUUUUUAGCCAGAAUGCCGACUUCAUCAUUGGCAUAACAUCCGUUGACCCCUGGAU